GGCAUUUGAUCUGGAAGAGUGCUGUUUUUGAUGUCUUAGAGGCAAGCCUCACUGCUGCUAUGUUUCAUGCUUGGAAAGCUGGCCGUAAUAGUGAAGCAUCUCUUCCCUAAGUGUUACAUUGUCGGGAGGCGAUUUCCUAUCGUGCAUGUCCAUAUGAUGGGCCAAAUAAUUGAGGUCUCCAGUUUUGAGGAAACUUCCGGAGAGAUCAGGAGAGGGAAUGUCCCCAUGGACAACAGACAAAGAAUGAGUCUGUUUGGCAGGAAUGGAGGCAGAAUGUCUGGACGGCACAGAUUGUUAUCGCCAGAUGAGAUGGCAGGGAGAUUCCGAUGGGUGAAUAUCUCACCGGAGGAAAUGGAUAUGGCACGGCGAAUGAAUGCAUUCAAGAGAGACUUCACCAUUAAUGGGUUGAUGUAUGAUCCAUUUAAUCGGAUUCUUUAUGAUUAUGUAGGAGGUGUAAAGGAUCUUGAACGACCAACGAUCAGGACGAUAAUUCCUACAGAUGUGUCGUUUGAUGAAGAUCCAGCCCGCAUUUUAAGAGCUGUGAGAGUCGCUGCCAGGCUUGGGUUUCCAUUGGAGGCUUCUACCGGAAGGGCUAUUGAGCGACAUGCUCACUCAGUCUUGACAAUUCCCAAGUCACGGUCAAUGCUAGAACUCAAUAUUAUGAUGGCUCAUGGGUCGGCGGAGGCAUCGUUUCGGCUCUUGUGGAGAUACCGGUUAUUGGAAUUGUUGUUACCAUUUCAUGCACAAUAUUUGUUGAGCAUCAGCUGCAAACGACUAAUGCGGAAGCCGAACUUGAUGCUGAAGAUUCAAACUCGUGACCAGUUCCCUGUUUUCUUCUCGAGGGAGAUAGCCCCGAAGGCUAUUCUGUCCCCACAAGGUCCGAACCAUACUUGCGGCGCACUGCUGCGCUGCGGCAUGUGCUGCACCGCGCGGUGUGCCAUGCGCGUCCCCGUCGUACGCGCAGAGCUGCGCGCGGCACGAUGUGCGAUGCGCUGGGCGGGUCCAAGGUGCACACUGUGCAGGUGUGCAGCAUUCCACCUGUCAGUCGUGGAGCUGCAGCCAAGGAAUGUGGUCUUGAUAGCAGCCGCCUUAGCAUGCAGCGAAAGGAUGGGAGCAGAAGAUGCCGUUUGUCGGGCGAAAACUGUUUUCGACCGAAAGGAGAGGGAGUGGAAAGAGAACAGAGAGAAGAUGUUAGGGCAUAGUGAAAUUAGGGAGGCCAAUCAGCGAGUGUGUGAGGUGAGAGAGAAUGGAGUGAGAGAGAGAGAGAGGAGAGAGAAUAGGCUGCGAGAGGAGGAGCGAGGGGAUAGCAGAUUUAGAGAGAGUGAUCAGAGAGAGAACGGUUCGACAGACAGCAGAAGGAGAGAGUAUGAAGAGAGGGAGUAUUCGUAUCGGGAGAUUCUGAGGGAUGGUUCCUCUCCGAGCGAACAGAGAGAGAAUGGUCUGCGAGAGAAUGGGUUGAGAGAGAACGGUUUGAGGGAAAGCGGGCGAGUAGACGGUGAGAGGAAAGAGUAUGGUCUGGAGAAUGAGCAAGGAGAAACCAGGCGGAGAGAGAGCGGGUCGCGAGAAAACGAGUGGAAGGAGAAGGGUUUCAGAGAGAGUGAACGGAGAGAUUCCAGAGAUAGGAGGUCUGAUGAGAGUAGAAGUCCUCCAGAACGCAUGAAAUGGGUGAAGAAGGAGCAGAGCCGAAAGCAGGAAUUGUCCCCUGAUAAGGCCUGUGGGACGUCCCCCGUCAAUGGGUAUGGCAAUGGCUAUGGGAACGGCUUUGGGAAUGGCUAUGGGAAUGUCCAUGGCAAUGGGAAUGUCCAUGGCAAUGGGAAUGUCCAUGGAAAUGGGAAUGUCCAUGGGAAUGGGUAUGGUUAUGGGAAUGGGACUGUGAAUGGGACUGGGAAUGGGAUUCUCUCCAAUGGUUUGGCAAAUGGCGUGUGCGUGGGAUACUUUCAUCAAAUUACCCAAGAAUUGAAGGAGCUUGGAGACGCGGCGUUGGCUAUGCUACAGAAGAUGACGGAUCCGGUGCUGGCAGUCAAAGAGAUUCAUAGCUUAACAGGGGUGAAGGCAGAUCCACAGGUGUUGUUCACAAAGGCGCAUAUAUUCAAGGCCGAGUGCAUUUUGCGGUGUAUUGGGGGCACACUUCCCAAUGGGUGGAGCAGCUCCAGUGAUGCACUGCUGCGACCCAACUCUCCAAAUUUGGAUAUCGACAGAGACCUAUCGGAAACCGCCUUUCUCUUCUCCCAGAUCAUCUUUGACACGAUCUUACCUCGGACAGUAAGAUUGAUGUAGACUGACUUCUCUUCCGAGCAAACCAGCUAGUCUCCUGCUAGUCCGACUGCCCAUAAUGCUAGCUGGGCUUUGUGGCAGGGUGUGUUUUCUUUAAUCUUUAUCCCAUUCUUUACUCUCUAUGUCAAUUUGUAAAAGGUUCCGCUAAGAAAGACCCACUUGCUGGUUAACAAACAGAUUACUGUACCCACAGAUUACCAUCCACUUUCUAUCUGAACCCUACCCCUACUGUCACACCAUCUUGCCCAAAACUUGUUUCACCCCUCUGCCACUGCCUCCCAACCAUCCUCCGCUCCCCAUCAAAUCCGCAUCCAGUGAAUGCUGGCCACCAUGCCAUUUCUGGCUGGUGUUAUUAGUCAGAGCAUAACUAGUAGCAGAACAGGUGGCUUUUGACUACAGCAACCACGUUGUCUAUAGGUGGUUUAUACAGCGAUCUUGAAAGCAGAGUGAGUGAGUGAGCGAGCAAGCGAGAGUGAGUCAGGGUUUUCAGCAGUGGAGAUUCUGACAGACUUGAUCCCCACAUUAUCUCUUCUCUCAAGGGACUAGGGAUUCUGACAGAUUCUGCAGUUUGGGGAUGAUCGGAUUCUGCCCGUUCUGUACUUUGAACAUAGUCUCAGCUCGGACAAACUGCACUCUGACGCAGACUGCACUUUGACAGUCUGCAGUCUGGCAUAGUCUGCACUCCGAUGGACUGCACUCGGACAUGCUGAUUUCACACAUACUGGGAGUCUGCUUCUGCUGUCACUCGGACGUAGUCUAGACUCUGACAGACUGCACUGUGACAUAGCCUAGACUGUGACAGACUGCACUGUGACAUAGUAUAGACUGUGACAGACUGCACUGUGACAUAGUCUAUACUGUGACAGACUGCACUGUGACAUAGUCUAUACUGUGACAGACUGCACUGUGACAUAGUCUAGACUGUGACAGACUGCACUGUGACAUAGUNAGUCUAGACUGUGACAGACUGCACUGUGACAUAGUCUAGACUGUGACAGACUGCACUGUGACAUAGUCUAGACUGUGACAGACUGCACUGUGACACAGUCUAGACUGUGACAGACUUCACUGUGACAUAGUCUAGACUGUGAAAGACUGCGCUGUGACUAGACUGUGAAAGACUGCGCUGUGACAUAGUCGGGAACGUUGAGAGUCGGCAGUCCGACCUAGUCUGCACUUUGAUGGGUCUGCAGGCUGACAUAGUCUGCGGUUUGACAGUCUGCAGCCUAACAUAGUCUGCAGUUUGACAGUGCAGUCUGCCAUAGUCUGCCCUCGGACAUGAUGAUUUCACACGCACCUUGUGAUUCUGCUGGUUUUGUACUUCGUACAUAGUCUAGACUUUGACAGACUGCACUCUGACAUUGUCUGCAGUCUGACAGAGUCUGGACGUUGACAGACUGCACUCUGAUAGUCUGCAGUUUGGGCCUCUGGCAUAGUCUGCACUUUUGACAGUCUGCAGUCUGACAUAGCCUGCACUUUGAGAGGCUCCAGUCCGAUAUAGUCUGCACUUGGUAUGUCCUGGGAUUCUGCUUGUUCCGUGGCUCGGAUGUUGUCUGGAUCCUUACAGACUGCACUUUGACCGUCCGCUGUCUGGGCAUUUUGACAGUCUGCAGGCCGACAUAGUCUGCACUCCGACAGUCCGCUGUCUGGGCAUGUCUGCUCUUUUGACAGUCUGCAGUCUGACAUAGUGUGCAGUCUGGCAUAGUCGGCAGUCGGACAUAUUCUGCAUCUGACAGUCUGCAGUCUGACGUAGUCUGCAGUCUGGCAUAGUAGGCAGUCGGACAUAUUCUGCUCCUGACAGUCUGCAGUCUGACGAAGUCUUGCUGAUUUAUUCUGCUUGUUCUGUAGCUUGGACGUAGUCUGGACUCUGACGGACUGCACUCCGACUUUGCAUUUUGACAGUCCGCAGGUUGACGUAGUCUGCACUCUGCUGACAGUUUGCAGCCUGGCUUUGUCUGCACUCUGACAGUCUGCAGUCUGCAUAGAAUGCAGUUUUGAUAGUGUAGUAUGACAUAGUCUGGACUUGGACAUGCUGAUUUCCGUCAUGCUCCCGGAUCCAACGGCCCUGUGGAGCUGCAUGGUACGGUAAGAAGUAUUGAAGACAGGAGUUUUUCAAGUUGUGUGAUUCUGGCACGUCAGAUGCGGACAGAGUUGGCAACGACUCUGCAUGGUGCCUCACUAUGAGCUCUGACAGGAGACAUUUAUCUGUUCCGGUGGUGGUGGUUUAACAGAGAGGGGCAAAAUCCGAAUUUGAAAAUGGUUGAGUGGGGUGCCGAGGAGAGAACGGCACGUACAUGGCGCUAGGGUUGGUCUCUACUAUAGCCAGCAAUAGCCAAGUUGUAGGCAGUGUCUAUACUGUCUCCAUGCUUUGGCUUCGGCGAAACUCUGCCCCCAUUCGGUGAAUUUGUUUCUCUACACUUUCCUUGUCUGUGUGCUUGAUGGAUUUUCUGUCUUCAUGGGGGACACGAACUCCUGCUGUUUUUUUAUUGACUCUUUCAGAUUUGAACUCUAGGAGUUUUUUCUUCUAGUGAAUUUGUUCAGCAAUUUUCAAG